CAGCCGGCGCUGAGCGCGGCAGGCGCGGGAGCUGGCGUUGGAGCCGGAGCGGCGGCGGCGGCAUUUACGGGGCGGCGGCGGCGGCGGCGGCGCGGGCUCCGGCACGGGCUCGGGCUCCGGCAUGGUGCAAUCCGGCCUCGUCCCGGGAGAGCGGGGCCCGCGCGCUGGGCUGGCGCCGGGGGAGCGGCGGCAGCGACGGUGGCGGCGGUGGCUGCAGGCGCAGGCAGGCGGCAGGUGCUAGAAGCGGAGCUGAGCGAGGUGUGUGCCCGCUGGGCUCCGGGGCUGCCGCCCCCUCAUUGCCCCCAUCUUUCCCUCCCUUUGGGCUUUCCAGCGAGUCCAGCCCCCUGUCUCCGCGCCCCGGCCCAUGGCGCCCCGCGGUUGAGCCGGCGCCGCCAGGGACCCCUCCCGCGGGCCUCCCCGGGGCGUGCAGAUCCCGGAGCCGCCCGCCCACCCUCCGCGGAGCCUCCCACACCUCCUCGCCCGAGUCGGGCGGGACCAUGGCUGCGAAGCUGCGAGCGCAUCAGGUGGACGUGGACCCGGACUUCGCGCCGCAGAGCCGGCCGCGCUCGUGUACCUGGCCCCUGCCGCAGCCCGACUUGGCCGGCGACGAGGACGGAGCGCUGGGUUCAGGGGUGGCUGAGGGCGCCGAGGACUGCGGGCCGGAGCGCCGGGCGACGGCCCCAGCGAUGGCCCCAGCGCCGCCGCUGGGCGCGGAGGUCGGACCGCUGCGGAAAGCCAAGAGCUCCCGGCGAAACGCGUGGGGGAACCUGUCCUACGCCGACCUCAUCACCAAAGCCAUCGAGAGCGCCCCGGACAAGCGGCUCACGCUCUCGCAGAUCUACGACUGGAUGGUCCGUUACGUGCCCUAUUUCAAGGAUAAAGGCGACAGCAACAGCUCUGCCGGCUGGAAGAACUCCAUCCGCCACAACCUGUCGCUGCACACCCGUUUUAUCCGCGUGCAGAACGAGGGCACAGGCAAGAGCUCCUGGUGGAUGCUGAACCCUGAGGGCGGGAAGACCGGCAAGACGCCGCGGCGCAGGGCAGUGUCCAUGGACAAUGGGGCCAAGUUCCUUCGCAUCAAGGGCAAGGCAAGCAAGAAGAAGCAGCUGCAAGCACCUGAGCGAAGCCCCGACGACAGCCCCCCGGGCGCACCAGCCCCGGGGCCAGUGCCUGCCGCAGCCAAGUGGGCCACCAGCCCGGCCUCACACGCCAGCGACGACUACGAGGCGUGGGCCGACUUCCGCGGUGGCAGGAGACCCCUGCUUGGGGAGGCGGCCGAAUUGGAGGACGACGAGGCUCUGGAGGCCUUGGCUCCUUCGUCGCCGCUCAUGUACCCCAGUCCGGCGAGCGCGCUUUCGCCUGCGCUAGGUGCGCGCUGCCCGGGGGAACUGCCCCGCCUGGCAGAGCUGGGAGGUCCGCUGGGCCUGCACGGAGGCGGCGGCGGCGCAGGACUGCCCGAGGCCCUGCUGGACGGCGCGCAGGACGCGUACGGGCCGCGGGCCCGCGCCGGGACGCCCGCCUACUUCAGCGGCUGCAAGGGCGGCACCUACGGCGGGGGUGGGGGUUUCGGUCCGCCGGCGCUGGGCGCGCUGCGCCGCCUGCCCAUGCAGACCAUCCAGGAGAACAAGCAGGCCAGCUUCGCGCCCGCCGCCGCGCCCUUCCGCCCCGGGGCGCUGCCCGCGCUGCUGCCGCCGCCGCCGCCGCCCGCGCCCCGCCCCGGCCCGGUGCUGGGCGCGCCUGGGGAGCUGGCGCUGGCGGGCGCGGCUGCCACCUACCCUGGCAAGGGGGCGGCCCCAUACGCGCCACCGGUGCCCUCGCGCAGUGCCUUAGCCCACCCCAUCAGCCUUAUGACGCUGCCCGGCGAGGCAGGCACCGCGGGCCUGGCGCCGCCGGGCCACGCCGCCGCCUUUGGGGGCCCGCCGGGCGGCCUCCUGCUGGACGCGCUGCCCGGGCCUUAUGCGGCCGCCGCCGCCGGGCCGCUGGGUGCCGCGCCCGACCGCUUCCCGGCCGACCUGGACCUCGACAUGUUCAGCGGUAGCCUCGAGUGCGACGUCGAGUCCAUCAUCCUUAACGACUUCAUGGACAGCGACGAAAUGGACUUCAAUUUCGACUCGGCCCUGCCUCCGCCGCCGCCCGGCCUGGCGGGAGCCCCGCCCCCCAACCAGAGCUGGGUUCCGGGCUGAAGGCCGCCUCCCACGCCCCGGGUGCCCGCCCCGUCCCCAAGGGGCUUCUGUCUUCCCAUCCUGAUCCCCGGGACCCCCUCCCCGAUUCCAGCUCCGCGGGAAGAUCUUGCAGGCAGCCCCAGCCCUGCUAGAGACAUCCCUCAGAAGUUGGCCGCUGAGGGAAGUGGUAGGGAGGGGCUGGGGCACUCCAUUCCUGCCCAGACUCCGGAGAGCCGCUCCCCCUACUCCCGGGGAAGGAAGCCUGGGGGUGGAGGCUGAAUCCGGGCUGGGUGGGAGUGGGGAGGAGCGAGAUAGGCUGCGCUGGUCCGAAAAGCCAACCCGGAGAUGGGGCAGGGCCUCUCCAAAUCUUUGUUUCCUUGGCGGGGGCGGGGGGCGCUUGGGGUGAUGAAUUGCCCACCCCAAACUCCGUCCGAUCUGAUUCUCAAUUGACACUUUACACUGGUCUUUGCCUCACCCUUCGAAAGCCAGCAGCCCCCCUCCGGAAAACACACCUAUCUAUUAGCUGUGCACCCUGAAUUGUCCCUCCUUCAGCCCUAACCCUCUCCGGCCCUUCCCCUCCAUAGCUAAGCCCCUCCCUCCCAUCCUUGCCAACCCUCGCUUCUCCCCUCCCCAGUCGGAGUCCGUCGCCCUUUCCAACCCGCCCCCCAAUACUGGUCUCAGCCUCUCAAGCAGGCCUCAGUUCCGGACCCACCCCCUAACCUGACACCCCUUAUUCCGUGCCGGUCCUGGCUCCUCCCAUAUUUAUAAGUGUUGGGGCGGGGCGGGCUGUGGGCGCGGCGUCCCCGGCGCAUAUCGUAGGCUGUGUACCGUGGCCGUGCCGUCAGCGUGUGCGUGUGCGUGUGUGCUGUGUCGAGGCCGUGUAGAGUGCAUUGUACAGCAUAUUUUCAUGAAUAAAAUUGUUUUAAAUAUU